UUGACAGUUCGACAAUUCCGUAAAGAGUAUCGGAAACCGUGAAGUCUGUGUUUUUGCUCCUACAUAAUUUAAUAAUAAAUGCACUUAAAAUUUGUAUGAAUCCAGUUGAUAGGUUCGAACAUAUGUUGAGUUUUGACUAUAAUUAAAAGAAGGCUUACAUUUCGAACGAAAAAUGUCAGAGUCAAUAGAAAUACGGACAAUUAUUGGAAACAGGAACAUAAAUGCAGUAACUGACACUCCUGUAACAGACCCAGCAUCUUUGGCAAAGGGUUUAGAUGGGAGUAAUGCGUUCGUCUGCCAAAGAUCAAAAAUGGAUACAAAAACUAGUGCAUUGAAAAAAUCUAGUCGAUAUAGAAGCCGUUCACUUUCAGCAUCUUCAACAGAUUCAUAUAGUUCAGCGUCUUGUACAGGCAGUAGCUCAGACGACGAUGACGUCUCACCAAGGGAGAAGGUCCAGAAGAACUCUGGUGGUCUUUCUGACUUUUGUGUUCGUAACAUCAACCAACACGCUUUUGGAAGACGUGAAAUAGAAAUAGCUGAACAAGAAAUGCCUGGUAUAAUGGCUUUGAGGAAGCGUGCAGCCGAGGACAAACCCCUGAAGAAUGCUAAAGUUGUAGGUUGUACCCAUAUAAAUGCCCAAACCGCUGUACUUAUUGAAACCUUAGCAGCCCUGGGUGCUAGUCUUAGAUGGGCAGCAUGCAACAUCUAUUCCACACAGAAUGAGGUGGCUGCUGCGUUAGCAGAAGCAGGUUACCCAAUUUUCGCUUGGCGUGGUGAGACUGAGGAAGAUUUUUGGUGGUGUAUAGAUAGGUGUGUUAAUUCUGAGAAUUGGCAGCCGAAUAUGAUUUUGGACGAUGGAGGGGAUGCUACACAUUUAAUGUUAAAAAAGUAUCCUGCUAUGUUUAAGCUAAUUAAAGGAAUAGUAGAAGAAAGUGUCACUGGUGUGCAUCGCCUCUAUCAGCUGUCCAAAGGUGGCAAACUUACCGUCCCCGCCAUGAAUGUCAACGAUUCCGUGACAAAAACCAAAUAUGAUAAUUUGUAUAGUUGCCGAGAAUCAAUUAUUGAUAGCUUGAAACGAUCAACUGAUGUUAUGUUCGGGGGAAAACAAGUGGUUGUGUGUGGAUAUGGUGAAGUUGGAAAAGGAUGUUGCCAAGCAUUAAAAGGAUUUGGUUGUGUAGUUUAUGUUACCGAAAUAGACCCAAUUUGUGCGUUGCAAGCAAGUAUGGAUGGAUUUAGAGUAAUAAAAUUGUAUGAAGUAAUUCGUAAUGUCGACAUAGUCAUAACAGCCACAGGGAACAAAAAUGUAGUCACUAGGGAACAUAUGGAUAAGAUGAAGAAUGGUUGCAUUGUCUGUAACAUGGGCCAUUCUAAUACAGAAAUUGAUAUUAAUAGCCUACGAACACCGGACUUAACCUGGGAAAAAGUGAGAUCACAGGUGGAUCAUGUCAUCUGGCCAGAUAGUAAACGGAUAAUACUUUUAGCCGAGGGUCGUCUAGUCAACUUGAGCUGCUCUAGUUUACCUUCUUUUGUUGUGUCUAUAACAUCAGCAACUCAAGCAUUGGCCCUCAUCGAACUUUUUAAUGCUCCUCAGGGACGAUAUAAAUCCGAUGUGUAUUUACUGCCAAAAAAGAUGGAUGAAUAUGUUGCCAGUCUGCAUCUGCCUACAUUUGAUGCUCAUUUGACAGAAUUAACUGACGAACAAGCCAAGUAUAUGGGGUUGAACAAAGCAGGGCCUUUCAAGCCUAAUUACUAUCGGUAUUAACACGAUCUAUUGUUGUAUGUUGUUGCUGGUUUGAAUAGUAGAUCCGAUGAAACAUCACUCCAGUUUUUUAGAAGCAGAAAGCUGUAGUAUAUUUUAAUCUUUCCACGUUUCAACGCUAUAUUUCGGGAAUUGAACAGUUGAAAAUUGACAUUUUUGUAAUUAUUUUGUACUUUGGUUUGAAAUUGUAUGUAAGUAUUUCUCAAAAGCGGCUUGAUGGAUAUGUAGGGAACAAUGAAACUUGUCACGAACGGGGAGCUAUACUAUAAUAUAUAUUAGAGCUAAAUAAUGAAGUAUAAUCAGUAAACUUAAAUAGCCAGAACGAAAUAGGUCAUAGAUCAUAAACAAACCACACUUCGGUUUGACUCUUCUUUUCUGUGUCCAGUGUCCAAUUCUUAGAUGGAAUUUGACCACUUCUUUUAAUUAGGUAUGGUCCAGUUCGCAAUUCAUUUACCUUUGCCCUGUUUAAUUUAUUACCAUUUUCCACGUAUACUUGGUCUCCAACAUUGAGUUGUAGGUCUUUUUGAUGAGCAUCAAAUCUUCUUUUGUUGGAUUCAUGUGAUUUUAAUGUAUAUUUCAAUGCCAAUUUUCUAUCUGUACUUAAUUUUUCUACUUGGAUAUACAGUACGAUGCCUAACUCAAUAUAACCAACGUUGAACAAAUUUACAAAUUGCCUUCCCCUACUUUGGGGAAGGCAACUUUGGAAUUGUCUGCAAGGCUAGAAAUAAAUUUACUAAUACAAAAUAUGCGAUAAAAGUAUUUAACAACUUAUUACCUACCAAUCUAAUACACCGUGAAAUUAGCAACAAUGAGAAAGUGGGGAUCCACCCCAACUGUUUUAAAUUUUUCAUGGCGCGAGAACAGUUUGCGGAAGUAUAUAUGGUAUUAGAGGCUUGUCAAAUGAGCCUUACAGAUUUUAUAAAUAAACAUUUUAUACCGGAGUAUGCAUUAUGUGCCUCUUUACUGGAUAUGUGCAAACCUUUGCACCAUCUGUACAGCAAAUCAUUAGUACAUCGAGACGUGAAAUGGGAUAACAUCUUGCUGCAUGGAAAAUGUUUUAAACUGGCCGACUUUGGACAUUAUUUGACUUAAAAACGGAAAAAAAUUUAAAACUGUAAAAGAAUUUAGGAAAAACAAUAUCUACCAAAAUAAAAUACGAUGAAAUUAGUAACAAUGAGAAAGUGGGGAUCAUUUAAAUUUUUCAUGGCGUGAGAACAGUUUGCGGAAGUAUAUAUGGUAUUAGAGGCUUGUCAAAUGAGCCUUACAGAUUUUGUAAAUAAACAUGGUAUACCAGAGUAUGCAUUAUGGGCCUCUUUACUGGAUAUGUGCAACGCUUUGCACCAUCUGCACAGCAAGUCAUUAGUACAUCUUGACGUCAAAUCGGAUAACAUCUUGCUGCAUGGAAAAUGUUUUAAACUGGCGGACUUUGGACAUAAAAACUUUGACUCAAAAACUGUAAAAGAAUUUUAAAUUUAAAACUAUAAAAGAAUUUAGGAAAAACAAUAUCUGUCAAAAUAAAAUACGAUGAAAUUAGUAACAAUGAGAAAGUGGGGAUCAGCCCCAACUGUGUCAAAUUUUUCAUGGCGCGAAAACAGUUUGCGGAAGUAGAUAUGGUAUUAGAGGCUUGUCAAAUGAGCCUUACAGAUUAUGUAAAUAAACACGGUAUACCAGAGUAUGCAUUAUGGGACUCUUUACUGGAUAUGUGCAAAGCUUUGCACCAUCUGCACAGCAAAUCAUUAGUACAUCUUGACCUCAAAUCGGAUAACAUCUUACUGCAUGGAAAAUGUUUUAAACUGGCAGACUUUGGACAUUAUUUGACUUAAAAACGGAAAAAGAAUUUAAAACUGUAAAAGAAUUUAGGAAAAACACUAUCUACCAAAAUAAAAUACGAUGAAAUUAGUAACAAUGAGAAAGUGGGGAUCGACCCCAACGGUGUUAAAUUUUUCAAGGCGCGAGAACAGUUUGCGGAAGUAUAUAUGGUAUUAGAGGCUUGUCAAAUAAGCCUUACACAUUAUGUAAAUAAACAUGGUAUACCAGAGUAUGGAUUAUUGGCCUCUUUACUGGAUAUGUGCAAAGCUUUGCACCAUCUGCACAGCGAGCCGUUAGUACAUCUUGACGUCAAAUCGGAUAACAUCUUGCUGCAUGGAAAAUGUUUUAAACUGGAGGACUUUGGACAUAAAAACUUUGACUCAAAAACUGUAAAAGAAUUUUAAAUUUAAAACUAUAAAAGAAUUUAGGAAAAACAAUAUCUACCAAAAUAAAAUACGAUAAAAUUAGCAACAAUGAGAAUGUGGGGAUCCACCCCAACUGUGUUAAAUUUUUCGUGGCCUGAGAACAGUUUGCGGAAGUAGAUAUGGUAUUAGAGGCUUUUCAAAUGAGCCUUACAGAUUAUGUAAAUAAACAUGGUAUACCAGAGUAUGCAUUAUGGGACUCUUUACUGGAUAUGUGCAAAGCUUUGCACCAUCUGCACAGCAAAUCAUUAGUAUAUCUUGACGUCAAAUCGGAUAACAUCUUGCUGCAUGGAAAAUGUUUUAAACUGGCAGACUUUGGACAU